AUGACGGAGAAACCAUUGAAUGACAAUAGUCGAAGAACAACUUAUUCUUCUAUUCAACAACAUAUUGAAAAUUUAAAUUUAAAUCAUUUGAAUGAAGAUGAACGUCAAAAAGUCUUAGCCGUUGUGAAAAAAGAUUUCGAAGUACGUGCUAAAGAACGAGAAAGAUUAAACCGAUAUCGUUCAAGUAUUUUAAGACGAGACAGAGAAUUAGCUGCUAAAAGUUUAACAUCAGCCACUGAAAGUACAUCUUGUUUAUUAUGUGGACGAGCAUUUAUACUUUUCAUUAAUCCUAAACGUAUAUGUUUCAAUUGUCAACGUGAUAUAUGCCAAAAUUGUUCACAAUCUGUCAAUGCAUACAAUGGAUACUUUUGUAAAAUGUGUUUAAAAGAAAAAGACUAUCGUGCAAUGACAUGUUAUUGGUUUUAUGAUACAGUAAUUCAACGAUUCAGAGAAUUUGGAAGUACAACUGUUGCAAAAAGUUUAUUUGGAUUAAAAUAUUCACAAGUUCAAAAUAUGGCUGAAGAAGAACUAUGGAAUCUUUUAUUUCGAUCUUCAUCAUCUAAAAAGAAUUCAGUGGAAUAUAAAGAAUCCAAUAAGUCGUAUUCGGUUGAUGAAGCUAAAAUAGCACAAAUUAACAAAUUACGCAAUCGAUUAGAAAAACUUAUGGAAGAAACUUUAGCUGAAUUAUGUGCGAUUGAAAAGAAUAAUUCAUUAUCACCAAGACAAAUUACAUGGCAACAUGAAAGUGUAAGAGGAAAGUUUAAAAAGAAUGCUUGCCGUGAAAUGAAGAGUUUCAUUCAAAUUCUUUAUAUAACAAUAGAAAAGGAAAGAAUGAGUCAAGGCAUGAACACUAAGAAUAUCACCCCGUAUGUACUGGAUACAUUGGAAACUGAAAUCAGUCGAUUAGUUGGGCAUAGUGUAAAGGGCAUUACAGACACAAACAGUUUAACUGGUGAUGAUGAUAAAGAAUCCGUGACGAUGGUUGAUCGUGAUGGUGUGGAAAAUCGACUGGCUGAGAUUCUUUUCGAUAAACUCUACUCAGAUCUUAAUCCUACGAAACAGGAAAAUGUUCAACAAUUUACAUUUCAAACAUCUAGUCCAGUAUCAACCGAUGCGAAUUUCAAUAAAUUAUCCGCCGAUUCAAUCAACAAUGAUUCGAAUCAUUUAAACAAGACGGAAGAAUUAAUUGUGACAGAAGGUUUUCCAGUCAGAUUGGAAUAUACUCUACCAUAUAAUGAACAUUGUGAAUUUCAUUGGUAUAAAUUAACCAAUGAUAAUCAACGAAUUCCAGUCAAAUUAGAUUUUCGUAUUGAACAUGUAAUCACUGGUACAAUUAAUCAAUCAUUUAAACAAUAUCAACCAUUCAAUUAUCAAUAUCCAAAACAUCCAUUUGUUUUAUCCAAUUCCGGUUUGAUUACAAAUGAAACAAAACAAAAAUUAAAUCAAUGGAUUAGUGAAUUAUCAAAACUUCAAUCAACCAAUCAUGGUAAUGAAGAAGACAUUAUUUACUUACAACAUCAUCUCAUCAUAUGGACAAGUAGAUUUGACGAUACUGGAAGUUAUUUUGCAUCAGUUGAAUCUCAAUUACAUAACAAUGGUAAAUCAUCAAUGAAAGAGAAAGAAUAUAUAGUCAGAGUAAUCAAAUCUAAACAAACACUAGCCAAUCCACAACGUCAACCAGAAUUUAUUGAACCACUUAUUGUACAACCAGUGAACAAUACUACAAAUGAUCCUUUUAUUGAAAUGACAUGUAUAGUAACAGGCAAUCCUAUACCAAGAUGUUUAUUCUAUCGUAAUUCAUCACCUAUACCAGUAGUUGUAAUGCCUUUUGUGAAAAUCCAGCCGAAUGAAUCAUCAUUAUUAUUAUGUACAUUGAGUUCUUUAACACAAAAAUACACUGUCACCAUAUCUGAUUCAACUAGAUCAGAUCGAUCAAUUGAUUGUACAAGAAAAAUUACUCUACAUAUUAAUCGACCAUCCAGUUCUGAAGAUAUGGCUACUUAUAGUUGUCGUGCAUGGAAUUGUCAUGGUCGAACAAUUACAUCUACUGAUUUAUCUGUACAAGAUCAUUUCACUAAAUUCGACUGCCCACAAGAAAAACCAAAUUUGAUCGACAAGAUGAAUGUUGUAAAAACUGAUUCAAUCCAAUCGGCAGUAAAUACGCCACAAGGUGCUUAUAAUAAUAAUAAUUAUCCCAUAAAAGAAGAAGGAUUCCCUGUGGUUAACAUGGUAAACGAUUCAUAUGACAGUGUCGGUGAAUUCAAAAGACUUGAUCCGAAAUAUCCCAGUUCCAUUAUUGAAAUCUCCCCAGAAAAUCAACCUAUCGAUGUUAAACCAAUCUAUCAUAAGUUUUAUAGUGAAUACAAUAAAAUUACGAAAACUUCCAAUAUCACCAAAACAAUUACUUAUAAAGAAAAUGAACUAACCAAAUCAACUGCUCGAAAUAACCCAGAAAAAAUAGUAAAAACUUCAAAUGACAACGAUUUCCCUCCAUUAAAUACUACUUCUUGGAAAACCGACAUCAAAACUAAUAAUGAUGUUAAAAUAACCCGUGAGGUUAAAACAUAUCGAAAAGAACAAACUAUUGUGAAUAAAUAUAAUACAGAUUCAAAUCUAUCCUCAGAUGAUUGUUCCAUUCAAUCGAAUCACAGUGAACGAACAAAACGUAGAUUAUCAUCGGUACAAUCAAAUAAACCAAACAUUUUAAUUGAUCGACGAAUAAAUCGUCGAAGCAGUACAUCUUCGAAUAUUACAGAACUCUAAUUAUUUAAUUUAUUGAUUGAUUAAUCAAAAAAAUCAUUGUGUAUCACCACAUAUCAUUAAGAGUCAUGUAUUUUCAUUUUUUAAAAAUCCUUAAUCACAGAUGAUCAGUCAGAUCAAGUGUAAAAGUUUCCUUAAUGCAGCAACAUGAAUUAUCUUUGAUUAAUUUUACACUUAGAUUCGAUUUGGUUUGUGAUUUUUUUUUUAAUGUGAAGC